AUGGAUGCAGAAACCCAGCAAAGAGUCGAGGAAACGGUGUUGGAAAUUUUGAACAACUCAAACAUGGAAGAAACAACGGAGUACAAGAUCCGAAAGUCUGCAUCCGAGAAGCUGCGAAUCGAUCUGUCCGACCCGACUUGGAAGAAGUUCGUUAGGCAGGUAGUGGAGUCGUACCUUCAGGAACAACAGGGUAAAGCAGAACAACAGGAAGAAGAAGAGGAGAAGGAAGAGGAAGAGGAAGAGGAAGAGGAAGAGGAAGAAGAAAAUAAUAGAAAAAGAGGCGGAAAAGAGUAUGAUGAUGAGGGUGGCCUGAUUAUUUGCCGAUUAUCUGAUAAGAGAAGGGUGACAAUAUCGGACUUUAGAGGGAAAACUUUGGUAUCGAUUAGGGAGUAUUACAAGAGGGAUGGCAAAGAGCUUCCAACAGCUAAAGGAAUAAGCCUGACAGUCGAUCAGUGCAGGCCAGUUGAUACUAGACAUGUUUGGAAAAUUGAUCCUUUUAGAAUAUUGAAACCUUCUUUUGGCUCUAUUUUUGGAGGUUUCAAAACUGCUCUUUUGAAUCUUUCCCUUCAUCUGGUUUUUUAUUAUGUAAUAUGUAUUGCAAUCAUUAUAUUUAAACGAUCUCCUUAA